ACCGACCCAUAAUUCACCGACCCACACUGCACCGUUCUACACCGCGUGGUUUCUCAACGCGCCCCUCUGCACCGGUGCUGACCACGCACUGCUCACGUGCUCCUCCCUCCACUCUUCCGCCUUCACCGCCCCAGCCAUGGACGCCGCUCAGUCUGCCAGCUCGUUCUUCGGCGUCGUCCGGGAGCCUCUGGGCUUCAUCAAGCUGCUGGAGUGGAUUUUUUCUAUCUUUGCCUUUGCAACCUGUGGUGGAUAUUCCGGCUAUUUUGAAAUCUUGGUGAACUGCAAGAAUAACUCGACCAACCAGACAAGGAUUGAUUUCAGCUAUCCAUUUAGGUUAAACCAAGUGACAUUCCUGGUGCCCAACUGUACGGCGAACCCCAAGGACGUUGGCAACCUUUAUGGCGACUUCUCCUCGUCGGCCGAAUUCUUUGUGACCAUCGCCGUGUUUGCCUUCCUCUACUCAUUGUUUGCCCUGGUCGUGUACACUUUCUACCAGCCCAAGUACCAGCAGUACCGCGGACCCCUCAUAGACUUCGUCAUAACUGCACUCUUUGCCUUCAUGUGGCUCGUGAGCUCCUCCGCCUGGGCCAAGGGCCUCGCCGACGUCAAGAUCUCCACGAUGCCCGACACUGUCUACAAGCUCAUCUCCAUCUGUCAGGAGCAGAAGAUUUGCACGAGCGGAGCCACCGCCAUCAUGUCGAGCCUCAACGUGUCCGUGGUGUUCGGUUUUUUGAACCUCAUCCUGUGGUCGGGAAACGUGUGGUUCGCCUACAAGGAAACGGCUUGGCAUGGCAACCCGGAGCCAAGCUCGACCGUCACCAACCCGCCGAAGGGCCCUGCCACAGGCCCUGCCACCUAUGGGCAGUGAGCAUGGCAAGUCAAGAACCAGGAAACCAACCCGCCUGUCCUAGUGAAGGGUUCAUGGAGUGUGACGUGCAUAGGUUUGCGAGAAUUCCUUUAGGUUUUUCUAUCACUAUUGUCCCGUUUAAAAGAGAAAGUUUGAGACGUUGCAUUAAUUUUGUUUUCCACUACGGUAAUUUUGGAAUGUGGGUUUCUUUUACACACCUCAAUCUCUGGUAUCUCGAUGGUUGACAUUCAAUCCUAGCAUUCCUAGUUUAAAACAAAAAGUCACAAUCCAGAACUCCACAUUGAUUUGAUCAGCAAAGUACAUUUAUCACGAACUGCCCAAUGAUAACGGUGCCAUUGUUAGGAACUACCCAGAUUAGAUUUUCAUUACAAAUUUCACACGCACUUGUUGACAAAGUUGCAUGUUUUAUUGGUGACCCUCAAUUAUCACUGACAGAAGCCCACUGCGUGCCAGAUGAGAUCAUUCUCAUCAAGGUGGAGUUAUUGUUUUUGCCUCAACUUUAAAACUGAGUUCUGUUGUAUUUGGGUUUUAAAUUCCAUAUCUUUGCUUUAAGCACAAGGUCACAUCAACAAAGCAGGUAGCCACUCGUACAUGUGAUAUAGCAUUACCAACAGGACCUCAUUUUGUUGUGGUUUUAUACUUUAAAAUGCUUUGCAACACAUACACACCUCAAGGUUCUCAAACACAAAAACUCGAAGUGGUGACAUGUGUCUGUUGUGGAACAACUGUGACAUCUGGUAGAGGGUAGAGAGUGUUGGUAAGGUGUGCUCUCAUCAACGGCUUUGGCCUUGAUGACAUCUUGCCCUGAGAAAUAUGCAUAUUUUCCAGCUGUGCCCAUUGUUUUUUUUUAUUGCAUGUGUUCUAAAUAGUUUGAUAAAAAAAAUAUUUUGUGCCUUACAGUUGCUACAGAAUGGCUCAGGAUUUUUUAAGCUUAGAAGCAAAGAAAUUGCUAACAUUUCAAAUACCAUUUGAAAUACAAGCAAGCACAAACCAUCCGACUGGAAUUUCCUUGUGUUGCCAAAAAAAUCUUAAUUAUUUAUCCACGGUGGAUAAUGCCGUGCGAGUUUGAAGGCGACAGUUUGUAAAAAUCACUCGUGCAUACAAGAACACCAGCAACAGCCACUUGUUAGCUUGGACUUCUAAGUCACUGAAAGUCACUGGAAACAUUUUUCCCACCAAGAUUACAAAUUCACAUAUUUCAUGCAUUACGUAAGAAUUGUAUUUGUACUGCAUAUUUUUAAAUGUAAUUACUUAGCCCCAGCCAGCCGAAAUCGCUUAACCCCAUCACCAAGGUUCGCAUUUAGCACAAGGUGCAUUUUCUCAAGUUCAACCAGUGCCUUUACUCUCGAGUGAGAGGGACAAAGCAGUGGGCUUAACGUCUGUAUUUAAAGCACAGGACAGCAUUAAACAUUCACAGACGUGAUCAAGUUAAGCGACCAUUAGAUGGUAUACGUAGUCUUCGGUCUUAGGUUACCGCAUGCAAUGGGUAAUAGAACAGAGGCAGAAUUCCCCUCCAAGUGGAAGCUCGGUCUUCACCUGUUGAACUUAGUUUUAUUUUUAUAGCAAAAAUCAUGAUGCCUUAAAACCCUCAAUGUUGUGCUAAAACAGUACAGUAUAAUCUGGAUAUAAGCACACAUUGUAUAAACACAGUUCUGUUAUAGGCAACACAUGCUUACAUUACACUGGUGGGUGGAAUGUAAGCAUGUGUUGCAUCUACUCGUACAAGCACACCCCUCGUGUUACUCCCAAGGGGUGUGCUUACAUCCAACUUCUACUUUGCUAUAGUGUGGUCUAUGUCAUGAAAAUAUAACGAUUCUGUGAUGAUAUUACAUCACAUGCUCUAACCCAGGGGUCAGCAACCAAAAUAACAAGAGCCAAUUUUUUUUCUAAUUCGGUAAAAAAAAUCCAUAUUUUAAGAGCCGCAAUGCACUGUGGUGCAUACGAGACGUCGGUCCUUCAUAAAUUACAUCACAAAGGGGCCCUGAAAGAGCCGCACGCAGCUACGGAGCCGCAGGUAGCCGACCCCUGCUAUAGCGAACGGAAAGGCAAGAUCGUUGUUAACACAUUCCGACCAGUAUUGCUGUUGCCAUUGCUCGGUGCCAAAUACACAAGCAGCCUCUCACAUCCAGCAGUAUGUGUGCGUGCUAAAUGUUGGAUACCAAUGCAUUCACUGAUGAAUACCCCCCCCCAGCCUCCGAUGGUUACUAAUCAAUAGAGGGUUGCUAUGGAGACACAAAUGUUCGUUGCAAAUUGACUUAAAGGUGGUCAACCGGAGUUGCCACGAAAAAAAACUGAGAUUCCAACUUGUAGGUUAAAUUUGGCACAUUCAACAACUUAAUUUGAGUGUUUGUUCAGAGUGAACAAUUAUUGCCAAAGAUACAUUUUUAUCUACCUGGAAAUACAGUGCACUCGUCAAAGUUUUCCCAAAUGGUCACAGUAGUGUUUUGCCAUUUAUGAAUGUCAACUGUGCAGCACAUGCGUUGUACUCAAGUGCCUGAAAAUGCGUAACUAAAAUUAAUUUUAAGUUGUGGAAAAUGUAAAUUCUUUGAAAGUUAUUUUGCCAUGAGGGUGCUUUAUGUAUGCUUAACAUUGACGUGUUGUCAAGUGAGCCGCACUUGGCGUGGCUCCUUCAAAUGUCAACAGGCGGCUUUGUUAAUGCUCGGUAAAGGUUGUCAUUAUUUUGUGCCUUAGCACUGGGUUUCAUUACUGAAUGAGUACCAUGGGUUGAAAAUGUUUGACACUCAAUCCUGUAUGCCAUGAAGUUAUUUUACCUUGAUUGGAAUGUCAUUGACUUCUUGUAGCAUUUAAAAAUAAAUAUAAUUUAGAGACAUCUUUUGGGUAGAGGGCUUGUGCAAGGACAAUUCAAUCAUUUAGAUAUGGCAGUCGCUUUAUUUCAUUGAUUAAACACUUCCAAACAUGCAGGCUUAUUUGCCAAGACAAAGCUGACUGAGUGAUUGUGAUGAGCACAUUAACCCUGUGAGAUGUCUAGAUAUGUUUUUUGUGUGGUGCAAACAUUAGUAUUAGGCUUUUCACAAAUUUAAAUAUUGCAACGUUAAUAGAGCGUAGGACUUAAUUCUCAUUGCUUGUUUGAAUUCUGUAGUUUUUAAAUGAGAAAUGCUGUACACAGACCAUGGCUAUAUUAUAAGUCACGCAGCCUUCAUGCACCGCCUGCGCCCAACGUUAAUAAAUUAAUUGUCGUGUGUGACUAUGGUCUAAGCAGAGAUGGGGCAAUUCAUAGUUUACAACUUGCUCCGUUAAAAACCAAGCUAUGGGUGUUAAUAUUUUUGUGUCUUAAAUCGCUUACAUCCAUAGGUAUUUUUACUUAUGAGUUUGACCAUUUGUUAAAGCAAAUUACACUGCUAUUAUUAGUUGUGAUCUGAGUUUUAGGAGGCUGCCGCGUUUCCAAAAGGUGGCUUGGUCGAGAUGGGAGUUAUUGUCAAAGUUGCUUUCUCUGCAUGAUGAACCCAUGGGUGGUGUCUUUACGGUCUGUGAAGAGAACGCCGAUCUCUGUUAAAUCCCGGAAAUAAUAAACCGCCCAUGCUAGGAUCUGUUUUCAUCUUGAAGUUGGUACGUUUUUGGUUGGAUUGUGUAUAUGCAUUUGGACAAAUAAACAUUAGAAAUAAAUACUUUCA